AUGUUCUUUUCCAGUAAUUCUGCAUUGAUUGCACCAUCAAUGAUAAAGAUGGAAAUUGUAAUUCUGCUAUUAUUGAUAUUGAAAUGGCAAAUAUUAGCAAUGAGAUACGAAUCAAAAGAAGAUGUUCAUGAUCUUAAGGUUGCAGUUAACGAUCAAUUUAUUAUUGCCGCUUCCAAUGUUCAAAAAACUUAUAUAAUUCAUUCAAUAUCCAAUAUAAUUCCAAAUUCUUCGUGUAUUAUGAACAAUCCAUAUAGUGAACUAAAUAUUCAUGGUAUUUCAAUUAUAACAACGAAUCAAAAUAAUCUCGUUUCAUUUGUUCAACUUGCUGAAAAUAUAACAUCUAUGUCGACAAUAAUUUCUCAAAUAACUCUGAAUUUAACCAAAUGUAACAAUACUUUGAAACGACGAAAGAGUUUUCAUCAUACAAUAGUUUGGCAUAAUGAACGUCAAGAACAUAUGUUUUUAAAAAUUGAUCCUCAACAAAAAUUUGCGUAUGUUUUUGCUGAUUCAUUUAUACUUUCAUAUGAUUUACUUAAUAAUCAAAUUGAUCAAAUUAAUCGAACAAAUUCGAUUAUUUUCGGUAAUAGUUAUGGAUCAUUUGCUCCUUAUGCAUUUGAUUUAAAAAAUGAUUGGGCUGCUGUCGCUGGUUUUCAUACAAUUCAAAACAAUUCUCGAAGUAAACAAUGUGUUUAUAUAUUUGGACUUCAACCAUUACGUGUAAUUAAUGUUAGUUCAAUUGGUUUAAACGAUAUGCAAGAAUUUGACAGAAUUAGUUUUAAUCAUGAUUAUGAUAUGUCACUUGCAAUUAAUCCUUCAGGAACAACAUUAGCAAUUGGUGAAGUUCAAUUAAAUCGAGUUACAAUUGCUCAUAUAGAUGGAAAUGAACAAGUUCGAUUUAUUUCAAAUUUUAUUCAAAUGAGUGAAUUUGAUGUUUGGAAUGGUUUUGGUCGUUCUGUUGUUUGGCUUGAAGAUGAUGAAACACUUGCUAUACUCGUACUAAAAUCAAGUAAUCAGAAUUCAUCACAAUCAGAAAUUCAAGUUUAUAAAAAUGUUGAUCGUAAUCGAUCACCAGGUUCAAUAAUACCUUCUUUUAUUAUUCCAAAUAAUCAACAAACUUUAGAUGGAAUUCAUCAAUGGACAUCUUCGCUCAAACAAACAUUUCGACAUAUUCGAAUACAUUCAAAUAAUAUCUUAAUUCAAUUAAGCAACGGUCAUAUUGUAUAUAUUCCAUCUGCCAAUGCUGGAUUUUGCUCUAGAAAACUUGUAUCAAAUGAUGCACGAAAUUUUCAUGUUUUACAACCGAAACCGUGUGUUAGUGGAACUUAUAAAAAUAUAUCUGGUCCUGGUCCAUGUACGAUUUGCCCAUCAGGUACAAAGAAUAACGGAAUUCGCCCAUCGAUUCAAUGCCAACCGUGUAAAACAACUGCCUUUUGUCCAUUAGGUGCUAGUGGCGAAGUCAAUUUGACAGAUUUUCGUUCACAUAUUCAAACAUUCAGUUAUCCAGAUACACCGAAUAUCGAUGAUUAUGAUGAUUUAUUAUUAUUAAAUUUUUUUCCUACGAAUCUAAAAUUGAGUUGUUUAGUUUUAACACCUCUUUUCUGGACUAUUGUAGCGACAGUUUUAUGUUUAUUGAUGUGGUUUAUUAUGUUUUUUAUUAAACGGCGGCGUCUUACUUCAAUCGAUAGUUAUCGUCAACGAGUAAAAAGUUUUUUCAAACAUAAUGAUCUUAUUGGAGAAGGAGAACGAUGGAUUGGUGGUCUCGCAUCAGUCGUUAUCUUUGCUAUUAUUAUAUACUCAACUAUAUUCGCGUACUUUUACCUUCAUUCGUAUCCGCUCGAAACCAGAGAAGCAGUCAACAAAAAAUGCGAUAAUAAUCAGCGAAAUUCCAAAUUUGACAAUGCACUUCAAUUACCGUUACCUGAACCUGAUGGUACUUAUUGGAAAAUAUUCGAUAUGCUUAAUAAACAACCAUUUACUAUGACUGUACAUUUGAUCAAUACACGAGCUCAAUGUAAUGAUAUUACUGUUGCACGUAAUCGACAUACAGGUGCUCCUCUAUCGAUAGUCGAAAAAAAUUGUACUUUAUCAACGAAUAAUGUCAGUGGUUCGUUCAGUUUCGAUUUACCAAGUCAUACAUCAUCUGUUAGAAUUGAUAUCAAUGGACCUCACUUCAUUGGAGCACUUCGUCUUUGUUUAUAUGGAAAAUCAAAUGUUAUAAAUGAAGAUUUUAUAGUACAUCGAUUACGUGAACUUGAUAUUUGUACUCUUUUUUAUACGAAUAAUCAAACUAUUGGAUUAUCGACUGCUUUUGUCGUACGUCUUAUCAAAGUUAUAAAUGUCACAAGACCAUUAGCACGUGAUGAUAAAACAUUUUAUGAUGGUAUAUGGGCUCCAUUUAUAACUUAUAUGGAUACUCUUUCAGAUGAAUUAUAUUUUGCAGAAAAAGGAGAAUAUUUACGAUAUGAAUCGAAAGAAACAAAUCUUGAUAUUCAAUUUGCUGAAGAAAUCUAUUUUGUUCAAAAUAAUCAAUCGCCAAUUAUUCGUCGUGGUGCACUUUUCUUUCAUACAAUUCUGUUUAGUUUUUCACUUAUAGAAAUCGUUGCGAUGAUUUUUCUUCUUUACAAGCUCUGGUUUCGUCCUAUUCAUCAACAUAUUCUACCAUCACGUCAUGAUCUAGUCGUAAACGAAUUUCGAACAAGUCAAAUGCAAAUAUCACCCAAUUUGAGUCCACAUUUAUUACAAUCACAUAAACCACGAACAUUACAUACGAACGACGAUGAGCUUGAGCAUCAAAACGUUCAUAACUGGCGACGUACAAAGAAUAGUACAAGAAGACCAAUUGCACUGAGAAUUGAAGAAAGGUGGGAUAAUCCAUUAACUGUGAGCGUUGAUGUUUCAUUUAAUCACUUAUCUUCUCAACACUCAUCAGUUUGA